UGAAAAAAAUAUUCUUUAGUUCUUUACUGAACCCAAAAAAGGCAUUAAAUUUGUUCCACUGCAUCGAUAAAGUACUGUAUCACAAAAAAUAAAUCAAGAAUAUGUUUGCAAAACUUUUGGGGAGAACUGCUUUAAUAUCAGCUGCCCCAGUAGCGACAGCAAUGAAGAGUAACGAAUCUGAGCCUCAGGCGGUAUAUAAGCCGCAAGAAUUGCCAAUCUAUACAACUGUUUUUGGAAAAGAUGCAAAAAAAGUUACGACAGUUGAAAAUGAGCCAUCAGUUAUGCGAUCAUCAAUAGAAGGUGGUGUAAAAAUUGUACGUGAAUGUUGCUGUGACUGUGUCAAAGCUGUUAAAGAUAAAAAGAGGCCCAUAGACGAAUUUAUUGGAACUGGAAUUGAACACAGUCAAUUUGCAUUCGAUUAUCUCAAUCAGCCAGCAAAUGGUAUUCAUCGUACAGGCGCUAUUGCUGUUGGUGCUGUAUCAGGUUAUAUUAUUGCUAUCCGUCGAGGUUUCUUUCGUCGUCUCUUGUACACGAGUUUUGGUGGUCUAAGCGUUGCUUCAAUUUGCUAUCCAAAAGAAGCUGAACUAUACUGGCAACAAGCACUAAGCGAAACGAAAACCUACGCAACUAUUUUAUAUAAUUUUGCAUAUGGCGUUAAACCAGGUGAUGAACCAAAACCUCUCCCAAAUAUAGUUCCAGAAAACUUGAAGGAAGCCUAUCGCAAUUUAAAAGGUUUUUUCGUAUCAAAUAAAUAGUUCGAGUUACACAACGUAUAGCAGUAUGUAGUGUACGAAUAAUAGGGGUUUAGGGGGUUUUACUCACUCCUUAGAUCCUGAAUGAAAUAAUAAGAUGAAAUUGAAGAUAAAAUUGAAUAUUUCAAGUGAAACCUCCUAGAAAUUUGACCUUAUACACUAGAGUGUUUUCCAUAUAUGUAAUUAAAUAAAUGGUAUGUUUCAAUUUAAAAAGCAUAAAA